UUUAUUGGACUCUUUCAAUUCUGCUUUAUUUGUAUGUCACGCAUUGCGCCAUGGUAGCCGUAAGUCUACUCGGAGACAAGGAUUUUCUCGUUUGCUUAUGUCUCUGACUCAUCUACGAAGUGCAUCUCUGUAUGACUGAUAUUUUAGGACGUACUUGUUGUUUUUCUCGCGAAAUAAAUCUAAAGGAAACAGUAAACCCAGUAUUUUUACCAAGAAACAGUAAAUAUAGGCACAGAACAAUGGGGCCCAUGGACGUGUAGAGAUCAACCAAGGAGAUAGGAGAUGUCUCAGGUGUCUGUCCAUCAUGUUCUCGUGGCUUUAUAUACUCUGUACAUGUACUGUCUAUAGCAAACUGUUCAGCUGGCGCACCUUGCCGAAGACACAGGUACAACAGUAUUGUCGUUACUCGGAAGUACUAAAACAGUGCAAUUGAAGUAGGAUGAAGACCACUCUGAUCUUGAUUAUUGCAGGAGCGUGGACCUGCACGUGCACAAAUAUCGCUCUUUCUCGCGUGAAGAGGGACUAUAGCCAACUUGCCGCAAUGAUAGCCCACACGACGGGAAGAGCUGGCUUAGAUUAUUACGGCUAUGGCUGCUGGUGCGGACUGGUAGGCAGGGGGCAGCCGAAAGACGGAGUGGACAGGUGUUGUCAAACGUUAGCCAGGUGCUAUGAAGCUCUGUCCAGGAAAUGGUGUCUUCUACCAAUUUGGCAAACCUACAACUUUUACCUGAAGACUGGGAUCGUGUGCGACGGCAACAAAAACAAUCGCUGUGAACAAGGAACCUGUGAAUGUGACAAGGCAGCAGCUGAUUGCGCCGCUCGGCACACCUACCACAACCAGUACAAGAACUGGAUGGGGAUUUGUUAAAAUUAAUACGAAAUAUUAUUGACAUCUUUGUUAAAUAUAGAUACCGGAUAAUUUGUUGUAAUUUUCCGUAGUAUUCAACUCUUCAUGUUGAUGUAACUCCAUGUUUCUCGUAAGAUUGUAUGAAAUAAAACAAACAUGUUGGACAAUGAAAAUGGAAUACUUUCUUUUUACACCAAGGUCACCCGUCUUCACUCAUUUAAGCGUAUUUAUAAGCUAAAUGACUAGACGCCAACAUUAUAGAAAUGUUUCUUAAACUAUUUCCUUCAUCAACCACAUUUCCUCAUUUGUUUUUUUAAGCGCUGGCUUCGGUUUGGAAUCCACAUACAUUUAUGGUCAGUACCUUAAGUAGACUAUGGGGAAAUAACAUCACUGGUGACCAGGCAAUUAACAUACCCUGUG